GUUCAAUCCCUCAUGUUCAGUGAAUUGUUAGUAGUUUCAUGAUUGUACAAGCAGCUGUAAGCAAUACUUCCUAAAUUAAUUGAAAACUUUAGUAAGAAAGGAGAAUGGAAAAGUAUACAGCCCUAAACCACCUCUGACACCUUUCAUUGGGAAUAACUUCAACAUCAACCUCUUGAAGAACUGUAGGCGCAGAGCUUUGGCCAUGUCUCGUUCUGCCCCAUCCAGCAACAGUUGCUGUUCGCCCAGAGAUUUUGAGAUUUCUGGCUGGCAAACAAACUGGAACUAUGUGUUGUUUGAAAGCAACAGUUCGUGAAAGUUUUACCAAUGCUACAUCGUUUCGGAAGUCUGUUGGAAUAUCAUCAUCAUCAACACAGCAACUCCAGAUUAAGCCGCCAGAGCACAAAUCUACCGGUCUUCCACCCCCUAGAACGCAGCUGAUACUCAGCCCACAUUCAAAUUUAGCUCCUUUAUAUUUGCACGUUUGGGGAAUCACUAUAAAAAAACUGUUGUUACUUGAGCUGGACUCAACACGUUACAAUCAUCUGUCACUUUGAUUGCUAAAUCGGAUUGUUUUGACUAUAAAAAAUGAGUGACUCUGAGAAACCUUUUGCAUGCUCAUCUCCUGGAUGUAAUAUGAGUUUUACAAAUGAAGAUCACUUGGUAGUUCAUAAAAAAAAGCACGAUAUGAUAUUAAACCUUGGAUCAGCCGGUAAAAGUGGUGCUUUUAUAGCUGAUCAAACACCAACACCAACACGUUUUAUCAGGAAUUGUGAGGAAGUAGGACUAUUUCAAGACCUCCAAAAUGUUAAUCCUUUCGAGGAAACAUUCAGAAGAGCUGUUGAAGGAAAAAUUGGCGCUCUUCCAGAAUCUGAAAUUGGGAUAAAUGAUGAUACUCUACACACUCCACAUGUUUUUCCUCACAUAGAAGAUAACUCUGCAAGUAAAAUAAUUCCACAUGUGAAUGCUGAUGUCACAAGCUCACUCAUUACUGAAAGUUUGUCAGUAAAGAAAGAAAAAGAGGAUGAGAUAACAUCGAUUGAUGGCGAGAAAUCAAAAAAUAUAAUGUUGGUCGAGAAAGUUAAAAAAACUACAGAAACCAUUGUGAUACAAGAGGCUGACACUUCAAUUAUUCCACAAGCUGUAUCCUCACCAUCGCCAACAAGCUUAUCAAUAAACGGUGAAGAUGUCCAACUUCUUUUAAAAACGCAAGAUGGAAAAUUAAUGCAGCUCACAGCAAUACCUAUGCCGGAUUCAUCGAGUAGUAUAACAAGUCCUCAAUCGCAGCAAUCAAAGUCACAAACGAUCGUGUUGAAUGCUGCAUUACCAUUAAAAACUGAUGAAAGUUCUUCAAUAAAAAAAGCUACUUCUCCUCGGCUUUCUCUUGCAAAAAUGAAAUUGAGGCAAACUUUAGUAAAACACGAAUUGAAUACAGAAUUAGAUAAGAAUAAAGUACAAAACGAAAACAGUAUUACAAAGAAAUCGGUGGAGUUACAGGCGAAAAGAAAGAAUGAUAAUUAUAUAGAUUUAAACAAGAAACAACAAAUUUUAGCUCGAAAUCGUGCUAGCUCUAUGCGCGCAAGAGCGAAAAGAAAAGAAUGGAUAAACCAACUUCAGAAAUCAGUGAACGAAGCUAAUGAGAUUAAUACAAAGCUUCAUGAAGAAGUUAAUACUUUAAGAUCUGAAGUAACUAGACUUAAGACGCUUCUCUUGGCUCACAAAGACUGUCCAGUCACUAAAGCUAUGGAAAAAGACAAUGGAAUUCUUUUCGAUUCUAAAGUAAUGCCUCUUCCAUCGUCGCAAUUUGUUCAAACAGCUCCUUUACAGUCCGACAAUCUUACAAUGCAUGGGAUAAAAAGAGCGAUAAUUACAAGUGAGUCCCCAAAAGCUGUAAAAAAACAACAAUUAAUAUCGACAUCAAAACAAUCAAUUUUAUUGCCUAAAACUAAUGAGAAAACUCUACCAGUUGUCACGACAAUUGUAGGGAACUCUUGUGGUGCAUUAAAAAUUUUAGAUCUAGGUCAUAUUGUCGAUGAAAAGCGUGGAGGGAAACCAAUCUUGAUUGUCCAUAAUUCUCCACAGAAAAAAAUGCAAGUAAUUAAUUCCAGGCAAAUAGUUCAAGUUGAUCAAAGCUUACAGUUGAUUAAUGUUGCUUCAAAAAGCACUGGAACUUAGUGGAACAAUUUCUAAAAUGUUUUUUCCAAUAAAAAAAUUUAAUAUCAUAUUUUUAUGCUCUAUCGUCAUUCAAUGUCGAUAAUUAGUGAAAAUCGCUGGCGAUUUAUAGCUUGAACAUAUAUGAAAUAAAAUUCAUCAUAAUUGAUGAUGACUAGCAUUUAACGCCUGUGUUUAUUUCAAUUCGACAUGAAUCGAAUUACGCUGUAAGUGAAUUGUAUAUUCAAUGAUCUCUUCUUUGUUACUAAUUAAGUCAUUUAAAUUGUUCUGUUAAUGUUUAAAAAAUUUCUUUUAAAAGGUUGAAAAAUUUUUAUUUAUUGAUGAAUUUGAAAUUGAAUCAAUUGUUAAUUUAAUAUUAAAAAAUAUUAGAGGUAAAAUAAUCCGAUAAUAAAGUUAUAGAAUAAAAAUAGCAAAUUUAGUUCUCAAUAAUUAGAGGAAUUUUGUCAUUCACAAUAUGAUUACAUUAAUAAAGUUAUUCAAUAACUUUUACAAAUAUGCAUUGAAAAUAGCAAACUCAAUCAAAUGACUAGAGACUCAAAAAAAUUUCAAAAUAAUAGUACUACCUUGAAAAAGAGUAUGACAAAGACUGUUUAAUAUUAAUUUCUCUGUAAAAAACUUUAAAUAAUUCAGUAACAGUAAUUAUAUCGUAAUAUUUAUCAUUAU